AUGCUUCAAGACCCCAAACUGCAAACAGCGUUAGCUGAUCUAGCGGCUGGGUUAUCAACGAUUGUCAGUGAAGGUGCUGACCCAGAAAAUUCAACAAGCAUUUCUAAUCUUAUGGAUGAAGUGAAUUACUGGCGUAAUAAGUCACAAUCUUGUUCAAAUAACAGUCCAGGUGAAAAGAAGCGUUGUAAGUUCUUUGCAUCUGUAAUGGAUGGUCCAGCGCAAGAAUGCAAUCGCAUUGAGUCUGCAUCUCAAUUAGUAAUGAGUGUGAAGAACUAUCCAUCGAACAAACCAACUUCUCAAGCUGAUGACUUGCAAAAUCAACCUUCUUUUGGAACUGGUUUAAUAGAUUUGAUUGACGUUCUUGACUCACUUCUAACAGAUACUUUGGAUGAUCUAUGGAGAUGUUCAGACCCACGUGCAUCUCAACCUUAUCCAGAGCAAAGAAUGCGUCAGCUUAUUGAAAGUCUGAGUUAUUGGACAAUACGUGUGAUUCAAGGUUUUUUGGGUAGUAUGCAAAAUGUGUCCAAGGAAACGGAAAUGGCUACCUCAAAUUUGUGGAUUUUACCUUAUAGCGAAGUUAAGUCAGCUACUUUGUUGGGUAUUCAAGCAUGUGACCAAUGGCAAAAGAGUAGUGAUUUAUUAACGCAACAAUUAUGGCCACGUUAUACACCACAUCCUUGGGAUGGACCUUCACCUAACUUAGCUUAUUUAAUGCAGUUUAAAAACCGGUUGAAUGAGAUUCUUAGUUUAAGAGGUCUCUAUGAACAUUUGUAUCACUUUACUACAACUGUUGAACAUGUUGAAUUUAAAAUGGAUUCCGGAUUAGCCAAUUUUAUUUUCAAUACCUUAGGAUUUGAUGAUACGAAGGAUACGAAACAAACUCCAAAUUCGCAAAUAGUAAGACAAUUCAAUAAUCCAUUAGCCUAUAAUCCAUAUACUGCUGAUCAGUGGACAUCAGCUUUGAGUUUAAUUAAUGCUCGUCUUCGACCAAUUGAAGAGUGUGCAGCUGCAAGAUUUAGAACUAGAUUAUUGAGUUUAACAAAUAAGAUUGAUUCUUCUGCAACUUCUAAUCGAAUUAAUUCAAAUCAACUAUUGAGAGAAUUUCAAGAAUUUCAAGAUUUAAUUCAUCGUCCUGUUGUGUCAGGAAUUUUACAGUCAGAAAGAGAAUUACUCUUAGGCUAUCUAGAAGUUUCAUUGAAAGAGUUUCAUGAAGAAUUUUUUGCCAAGUCAAAUAAUAACUCAGAUCAGCAUAAUUUUUAUGGACAGUCAUUGAAGAAGUCUACAAUUAUUGUCACAAAAAAUAUCCCAGAUCGUGUAAAUCGAAUACUUUGGGCUGGUCAAUUAAAAUCUCGUAUACAAGAAGAAUUUAAACUUGUCGAAUUUCUACUGUCUGAUUUGCAACGUUUUGAAUCAUAUAAACAGGAAUCAAUGCGUCUAACUGAACAGAUUGAAAAUUGGCACACUGAACAAUUUCAAAAAUGGUCACAUGACAAUCUUGCAGCACUCUCAGGCUCAAAAGAAACAGGCAAACCUUCACUAGUAUUUGAUCCCACAGGUCCUCUACUAACUCUAUCAACAGUCGGUGGUCAUCUAGAGGUUGGAUUUCCUGAUGGAUUGGUACAGUUGCAACGAGAAGUUCGUCUAUUGGCUGGAUUAGGCUAUCCAGUGCCAUAUAAAAUAAUACAGGCUACAGAUCAAGCUGAAAAAAUAUCACAGUAUGCUGUAAUGCUCAAACAGGUGGCACAUUUCUAUAAUUCUAUUGAUAAUGAAAUGUUACCGCAUCAAAAACCUCUAAUGCUUAAUUCUGCUCUGGCUUUUGAACGUCUGAUCAAAUCUCAUAACCGUCAACUAAACUUUUCUAAGGAGGAUUUAUUUACUACAAUCACAUGGGAUCAAACUGAACAAGUGCAAAGUUAUAUUCAACAAUUACAACAAGCAUCUCAACAGCUGAUGUCUGAAAAUCGUCAACUGCGUAAAGUACACUACACACUUAUAGAAAAAAUGAUUAAACUGUUGGAUGUUGACCUUUUGCGCAACCAAUCUAAGUGGAGAAAUGAACUAAACGAUAUGCGCUAUAAACUGUCCGAAGUUGCUACCACGGGAGGAUAUCCAGCUGAUCAUAUGGCACCAUGGCGAGCAUUUCUAGAUCGUCAGUUGUACAAAGUACUAGAAUAUCAAUACAGAAGUGGAUUGGAAGAACUCAGUGAGCGAAUGCCAGAGAUGCGUGUAGAUAUGGUCUAUUUACAGUCACGCCUGGCAUUUAGCCCACCAUUUGAGGAAAUAAAAGCCAAAUACUAUCGGGAGUUGCGAAAAUUUAUUUGUAUUCCGAAUAACUUUCGUGGUCUAAGUGAAUUCUCUUCAUCUACCCGUAACAAUGCUAAUAUGAAUACUACGUCCAACAAUAAUCAACUCAUCGCAGGCCUCAUAUUUCCGCAUAUUAUUGAUAAUCAAGUUAGUGGGUUACGUGUAUGCUACAAGAAGGCAGAGUUCUUAUUCACUCGGCUAUUAGGUAGCCUGGGACAGUUUCAAGAUUGGGUGGUGUUAGGAAAUAUGAAUUUAGAUGAGCUGGUCGAUUCACACUGUCGUGAUCUCGUUGAUUUUGAAAGAAAUUUUAAGGCUCUUAAAAUACGUGGUCGCGAUGCUGAAAAGUUGCCAAAUGAAAUACGCAUCGAUUGCAUAACGGUGAACUGUUUACCGGUUAAAAUGGCUAUCGAAGGUUUAUUACAAAGUCUUUUUGACACACUCCAAAAUUGUUUACGCAGAUCAAUUCACGGUGAUUUGGUAGCUGCUGAUGCAUUUCUAACAGAUUCGUUAGAAAAACUAACCCAUCGACCACAAACAGUAGAUGAAUUGAAUGAAGCGAAGACACGAGAGAAUGAAUUCACCAAAUCACUCAGUAGUUUAAAUGAACAGAUAAAGUGUGCUGAGUUGAAAGAUCAGCUACUUCGUACUGUAUCUGGCAGUGGAGUUACAGCUUUAGCUCAAAUAAAAGUUAAGUGGGAGAAAUUUCAGUUUAUGAUCGAAGGCUUUAAAAUGAUGAUGAAUGAACAGUUAGACGUUCUAAAAGCAAAUGUUAUCAACCAAACGAAAGCCUAUUUUAUGAAUUUGGAACGUUUUAAAAAUCGUUGGAAUCAGUUGAAACCAGGCAAGGAAUUAUUAGAUUGUGGAGAUAAUGAAUCUUGUUUAUCAGCAAUGACAGUCGUCAAAGAGCAUGAAAGUGAAUUUCAAGAAUUAGAAGUAAUACAUCAUGACUUAAUGCGAGACUACGAAUACCUUGGUAUGACAAAACCAGAUUUUUCGCUAGCUGAUGAAUUAUCGAAAGAUUUAAACGAUCAUUCACUUAUGUGGUUAGAAUUCGAUAAUUUCUCCAAAGCAUUACAAGUCUACGCUAAAGAAGACUGGAUUUCAUUCAAAUCUCGCUAUUACAUAUUCGAAGAAUUUUUAACUGAAUGGUCGGAUAAACUACGUUCUUCACAAACAACUGCAAUGACCGUUCGUUUACAAAAGGAAAUUGAUCGGUAUAAGGACCUUAUACCAGCAUUGAAAUGGUUAAAAGGUGAUCAUCUAACUAGAGAUCACUGGUUUGAAUUAUUUCAUCUGAUUGGACUACCUAAAGGAAGUAAACUGGAAAAUUUACUUUUUGGUGAUUUGUUUCCAAUUAUUUCAAAUAUAAUUAAUCAAUGCGAUGCAUUAAAAUCACUUUCUCAACGUGCACAAGCUGAGAUUGUUGUACGUGAAGCAUUACAAGAAUUGGAUGUUGGAGAUAAUAUGGCCUUAUUGGCAUCUCUACAAGAUUCGCCAUAUUUUAGUAGUUUUUCCGAUAGAUCGAAUGCUUGGACACAACGUUUAUCUGACUUGGAUUAUUGUCUAACUGGAUUACAGUCAGUUCAACGUAAAUGGGUUUACUUGGAACCAAUAAUGGGUCGCGGUGCGUUACCCAAAGAAACUGCACGUUAUGCACAAAUUGAUUCACAAUUUCGAAGAUUACUAGCCAGUUUAAAAGCAGAUAACCGUGUUAUUAGUUUAGUCAGUGGUAUGAAAGGUAAUAGCUUAAAGGAAGAAUUAAAUAAUCUACAGGACCAACUUGCUCGAUGUCAACGUGCAUUAAAUGAAUAUCUAGAAGAAAAACGCAGCAUAUUCCCACGUUUUUAUUUUCUCGGUGAUGAUGAUCUUUUAGAGAUAUUAGGCCAGUCAAUGAAUCCAAAUAUUAUUCAAACACAUUUAAAAAAAUUAUUUCAAGGUUUACAUACUGUACAAUUUGAUUGUUAUAAUCAAAAUGCUGAUCAAGUGAAAAAGGAUAUGUGUAAACUGAUGACAAAUAUUAUAGCGAUCUGUUCGUCAGAAGGGGAAAUUGUUCAUCUACAAAAGCCUAUACAACUCACUAAUGAAAUUGAAGUAUAUCUAGAAAAGUUAACUAAUGAAAUGAAAUCAACACUGAGUGAUCUAUUGAUUCAAUGUUUAAAUGAAUGUUCAGAUGAAAAUAAACGCAGAUGUAAACUUGAUCCAAAUGCAUAUCCUGAACAAAUUUUGAUAUUGUCUGAAGCAAUCAACUUUUGUAGAAAUGUUGAAAAAGCAUUAAAUUGUGGUGAACUAAGUAAACUCAAAAAAGAUUUACAGUCACAGUUAGCAGCAUAUACUUCAGUUAACCUACACAAUACAAAAACAAGUGAUUAUUGUACAAAUUUAGCAGAUCCAAACAUUCAAAGUUCAAUGUGUUCACGUGUACAAACUAGCAAAUUAAGCUCGUUAAUAUUGGAUACAAUACAUUCAAUUGAUAUAAUUGAUCAACUAAUACAAAACGGUGCAGUUACACAAAAAGAUUGGGCCUGGCAACGUCAGUUACGAUUUUAUGCGACUGAGAAAUUUGAUUCUGUUGACAAUAGUGUAUUUAGAGAGAAGAACAGACAUUUAAUGAAAACAUUUAUCUGCAUGGCUGAUGCAGAAUUCUUGUACACUUUUGAAUAUCAGGGGACUUCACCACGUCUAGUGCAUACACCAUUAACAGACAAGUGUUAUUUGACACUGACCCAAGCUAUGCGCAUGGGUUUAGGUGGCAAUCCAUAUGGUCCAGCUGGUACUGGUAAAACCGAGUCUGUUAAAGCACUUGGUUGCUUAAUGGGUCGUCAGGUUCUUGUCUUUAACUGUGAUGAAGGAAUCGACUUACGUUCUAUGACAAGAAUUUUUGUUGGUAUAGUAAAAUGUGGUGCUUGGGGUUGUUUUGAUGAGUUCAAUCGAUUAGAAGAAUCCGUUCUGUCUGCACUUUCAAUGCAGAUUCAGAUUAUUCAAGAUGCACUAAGAUGUGGCACAUCACACAUUAACCUUUUGGGUCGUAAUACAAAUGUUGAUCCUAAUUCUGGUAUAUUUAUAACGUUAAAUCCAGCUGGAAAAGGUUACGGUGGACGUCAAAAGCUACCAGAUAACUUAAAACAACUAUUCCGUCCGAUUUCAAUGACAAAGCCAGAUGUCGAUUUGAUUGCUGAAAUGAUUUUAUUCUCUGAAGGAUUUUCAAACGCUCAAAUAUUGGGUCGUAAACUAGUUUCUGUUUUUUCAUUGGCCAAACAACUUCUCUCCGCACAACAACAUUAUGACUGGGGUCUGAGAGCAUUAAAAUCUGUUUUACGUUGUUCUGGCACAUUGUUGCAUGCAAACAAACAGAGUUUUUCAAACGAUGAAAAGGAGAAACAAAAUCAAGAAAAGAAGUACCAACAAACUUAUGAAUAUGAAGCCCUUCUUGUAAUACAAGCAACUAAAACAAAUACGCUAGCUAGGUUGACACAUAAUGAUGCCAUACGUUUUGAAAGACUGCUGAAAGAUGUAUUUCCUGAUACUUCUUUGCAUAGUUGGCCUUUCGAAAACCAGGAGAUUUCAAGACUCAUUGAUUCAUUACGUGCUGUAAUGCAGGAGCAACAUAUGGUGUUAGUAGAUGCUCAGGUUCAAAAAGCUAUUGAAUUGUAUGAGCAAUUAUCACAACGCAUUGGUGUUGUGUUAGUUGGACCAUCUGGUUGUGGGAAGUCAACGGUCUUAAAUAUGUUGCGUUUGGCGUUGAAUAAAGUGGGUGUAUCAAUACGUUCGCAUAUAUUCAAUCCUAAGGCAAUGCUACGUGUACAGUUACUAGGUCAAAUUGAACCAGACACAAGAGAAUGGACAGAUGGUGUACUAACACACAGUGUGAGAUGUGUAGUAAAGGAAAGCAUAGAUAAGAAGUGUUGGAUUAUAUCUGAUGGCGAUAUUGACCCUGAAUGGAUUGAAUCCUUGAAUUCUGUAUUGGAUGAUAAUCACUUACUAACACUACCCAGCGGUGAACGUAUACAAUUUGGUACAAAUGUGAAUUUUAUAUUUGAAACACAUGAAUUAAUCCAUGCCAGUCCAGCAACUGUCUCUAGAAUGGGUGUUGUAUAUGUUAGCGAUGAAGCGACUGAUCCACGUACACUUGUAGAAGCGUGGUUGAUGCAACAACCGGAGAAUGAACGAGAUCAAUGGGUUUAUCAAAAAAAUGAAUUUGUCAUUGAAACUAGUCCUGCUGCUACCGUGUUUAAUGGUCUUUCUCAUUUGGUUGGAGCGGUUACACCAGCUUUAUUUACCAUUGGAUUAAUACGUGGACUUGGUGCAAACCUAACCGAGUCUGCACGCGCUGAUUUCGCAGGCAAAGUUUAUGAAGCUACCGGUGAAAACCCACCCGACGUAAACAGACCUUUAGAUGUACAGGUGGAUGCUAAUAAUCCAAACCGACUAAUUACAUAUCCGAAAGGAACUAGUGUUGUAUUACUAGGAAAUUCGAUACCAAGCUCCAUGAGUCUGACUUCAUGGUAUUCUGAAAUAUCCUCAACCACGUGCUCUGAAGACCCGGCUAUAGCGAAUGCAAUAGCUCAUGGACUAGCUUCAGGUCAUCCACCAUUGGUUCUAACACCAGAUAUCAGACGAUAUAUUGAUGCGUUUCGUUGCUGGUUAAGUGAAUCAAGAUCAAGGCAGUCAUUUUUAUUAGUUGGUCCUGAAGGAUGUGGUAAAAGUCUCCUACUGGAUUAUUGUUUUGCUACAUUAUCGAAAUCAGUUCAUGUAGCUACUGUUCAAUGUUCAGCACAGACUACACCUAAUCAACUACUAGACAAAUUAUCACAAUAUUGCAUAAGUGUGAUAAGCACGACAGCGAAUACCACUGGUGGACGUGUAUUACGACCGAAAGAAGGUGAUCGCCUCAUCCUAUACUUACGUGAUCUUAAUCUACCUAAACCCGAUAAGUGGGGAUCAUGUCAACUAACAGCAUUUUUACAACAAAUUCUUACAUAUCAUGGAUACUACGAUCCAUCUAGUUUAGAGUUUGUUGGAAUUGGAGGAAUUCAAUUUGUUGGUAGUUUUACACCAUCUACUACAUGUGUAGGAUUUGGACGUUAUCCUCUCUCGAAACGAUUUACUUCAGCUCUACGCUUAACAGUCAUCAAUUAUCCAGAAAGUGAUCAACUGGUUAAUAUUUACAGCUGUUUAUUACAAGCCAUCAGUAUUUCCAAGUUGAAUUGUAGCACUCAAUUAGCUGAUUCACAAAGUUUCUGCAGCACACGAUCAGGGCAUAAUAAUAUUGAUUUAAAAUCAGCUUCACACAAAUCGAUUAUUAACAUAGCUAAAUUACGUAAUAUGUCUACUAUAAUGGUUCAGUUACUACAUGAGCUACAGCGUAGUUUUCGUACUGAUGAAUAUGCUCACUGUGUUUUUACACCACAUUCUUUGACUGCAUGGGUAACAGGAUUAUUACGUUAUGAACUGAGUAAAUCAGCUAGUCAUACAUGGGCAGCAUUCGGUUAUGAAGCAAAACGUUUAUUUCGUGACUGUGUACCAGGAGAAAAAGCUCGUCAUCAGUUUGAUAUAUUAUUUACGAGAAUACUGUACAACAACUUAAGUGGAUCAGUAAUGGGAAUCGAUGAGGAUUUGUACAAGUUAAAUGUAAAAUCAAAAUUAUCCAAUGAAAAAUGUGAUGAAAUACAGAUCGUAUUGAAAAUGGCCACUGAAAGUUUUGAAUCAUAUGAAGACGACUUUUUGAAUGAAGAUAAAUCGAGUCAGCUGGUCGGUGACAAUGAUGAGAACAAUUUUACGAAGUCUAUCGGUUGGUUUGUUACACUGGGUGGAAAACAUUUACCAGCAGUUAGUCCAAUACCGUUAUAUGGAAGACCACUUGAAUUUUUAGCAUAUACACAAAUAAAAGAAAUAGCUUCAAAAGGAUUGAGACAGUUAACCAGAGAAAAGUUACCUCAAGCAGAAAAUCUAGUAUUAUUUCCAGAUUUUAUUGAUUAUUUAUGUCGUAUUGAUCGUGUGCUCAGCCGUCCAUCAGGUUCAUUAUUAUUGGCCGGUCGUUCUGGCAUUGGACGCAGGUCUGCAUUGAAUCUAGUAGCUCAUCUACAUCAGUUAAACACUUUUCGUUUGCAUACCGGUCGAAAUUAUAAUAUUCGUCAGUUUAUUACUGACAUGAAAGCACCAUGUCAGUCAGCAGGGAUUGAUAACCAGUCAACAUUGUUAAUCAUUGAAGACUAUCAAUUGGCAAACAACUGCUUUUAG